CAGCAGAGGCAGACCUUCCAUCAUCCAUGCUUAAGGAUGAGAGAGACAGCCUGAUAGAGAGAGAAACAGAGCAGUUAGAGAGAGAGAGAGAGAGAGAGAGAGAGAGGGAGAGGGAGAUGGGUAUGGUGUUUAGAAUGGGAGGUUUAAGGGAGGGUUUUAGGUCUACCAACUGGUAGUUAGAGAUUGAACUCCUUAACCAAACACAAAAUCUUUAACCCCUAAGACCAAGAACUUGUAACAACAAGAAGAAGAACCAGAAGAAGCAAUAGACCCAACAGCAACAGCAACAGCAACAACAACAAACAACAACAAGAAGAACAAGAAGAAGUCAAUAGCACCAACCACUUCCUCAACUGGGGUUUCAAGCAAAGACCCAAAAGCCCAAACCUGCAAAAAAGUAGAAACUAUUUCAAAAGGCACACUAAGAUAACUAUUUCAAAGACGAAGCUAUCAUUUUUUCUUUCGGUGAGAGAGAGAAAGAGAGAUGCUCACGUGGGGUUUUGAUGGAAUGAUGGACAGAGAAUAUAUGAUGAGGGAAAAAGAUCGAAAGUGAGAGAAAUUCGUUGCUACUUCCAAUUAUCGCUUUCUUUUGUUCAUAGAAUAAAAAAAGGGGAAGGAAUUUUUUUUAAUUUUGAUUUUUCUUGCUGUAUAUUCUUUGUAAUUGUUUGCGCAAGUCAAUAGGUGUGUGAAUUGUGUAAUGAAAAGUGAAGUGUUGGGUUGUUAUUGUUUUGUUGUAUUGGGAUCGGAUUUGUGUAUCAGCAGAUCGAGUGGUGUCUUUGAGGUUUUCUGUUCCCCAAAACACCCACAAGAGUUGCUGGUUUUCAGUUCCUCAGAUGAUUACUUAAUCCGAAUUGAAUAAGCAGGCAGGGAGGCUCAAGACUAAGUAAAUAUGGCUACUUAUUAUGCUAGUUCAAAUAACCAGAGAGAUGCUGCCCCAAUGAUAUAUAUUCCGGGUUCAUAUCCAGAGGCACCAGUUCUUCCUGGCAAUAUGAUGAUGUAUAUGAAUACUGGAUCAUACACAGAGACCUUGGCAGGGAAUUCCCAGCAGCAAAACGGCUGCAUUGAGAUUCAGUCUGUGGAAGCCUCAGAUUCAACACCACAGCAGCAAGAAAUCUUGUCAAAUCUUGGUGGAUCACGGAUUGGGGAGCAUGAUUUCAGUGCAUGGAGGGAUGGUAGAAAUGAGAUGCUAGUUAUGCAUUCAAUGGCUGGACCUUCCAGCAUUCUUAGUGGACAGAACUUACAAGGACAAGGCUUGUCCCUCAGUCUCGGUACACAAAUUCCGUCUGGAAUCCAAAUGCCCUCCAUCCCCUACAGGAAUCCCAAUUCAGGCCUGGCUUCAUUCUUAAAUCCCAACCCAUCAAUUGUGGGUGAUGGUAGUGGUAGGAAUGGUUCUUCUAGAGAUGAACAGUCAAAAAAUGUUGAAUAUCUGCCAGCUGGUUUUUCUGGAGGUAAUCAAGAUUCAAAUAAAGGAGAUAUAUCUCCAUAUGGAAUGACGAGUAUUGCAAGAACCAUUCCACAUUCUAAGUACCUCAAGGCAGCACAGCAACUGCUUGAUGAAGUUGUUAAUGUCCGAAAAGCUCUAAAGCAGCCUGACAAAGAGAAAAACCAAAGCACAAAUGAGCAUGGAAUGGAUAGUUCAAAGGAUGGUGACAGCAAAUCAAAGAAUGGAUCUGCAAACCCUCAGGAAUCUGCCAAUAACUCAGCAAGUGAGCUUUCACAUGCUGAAAGACAAGAGUUGCAGAAUAAGUUGACAAAACUUUUGUCCAUGUUGGAUGAGGUUGAUAGAAGGUACAAACAGUACUAUCAUCAGAUGCAGAUUGUGGUGUCAUCAUUCGAUGUGAUAGCAGGAUGUGGGGCAGCUAAACCUUAUACUGCACUUGCCCUCCAGACUAUAUCCCGCCACUUUCGAUGCUUGCGUGAUGCAAUAUAUGGCCAAAUUCGAGCAACCCGUAAAAGCCUCGGAGAGCAAGAAACAUCAGAAAAUGGUAAAGGGGUUGGAAUAACUCGUCUCCGAUAUGUGGAUCAGCAGCUUAGGCAACAGAGGGCUCUUCAGCAGCUUGGUAUGAUGCAGCAACAUGCAUGGAGGCCACAAAGGGGUUUACCUGAAAGCUCUGUUUCAAUUCUCCGUGCUUGGCUGUUUGAGCAUUUCCUUCACCCUUACCCAAAGGAUUCUGAUAAAAUCAUGCUGGCAAGGCAGACAGGCUUGACUAGAAGUCAGGUCUCAAAUUGGUUUAUCAAUGCACGAGUGCGUCUUUGGAAGCCCAUGGUUGAAGAGAUGUACAAAGAAGAGAUUGGUGAUCCAGAGAUGGACUCUAAUUCGUCUUCUGACAAUGUAGCCAAAGCAACAAAAGGCGACAUGCGAACCUAUGACGACAGGGGUGAAGAAAUGCAACAAAGUGCCAGUUCGACAGCAACUGAAAGAUGCAGUACUGGACAACUGAUGGAUUCCAAAUCUGACCAGGUUCCUGAUGUAGAAAUGGCAGGAUCAACUACACGAAGCAAUUUCCAAAAUAUGACACGUGGAGAGGCUGUUACUGAGUAUGGGUUGUUGAAGCUAAGGGAGGAGCAAAGGCACAAUGUGGAUGAUUGUGGUCUCUUCCAAGAUGCCAUUGUUCAUUCUGAUGCCAGUGGCAAUCGAUUUAUGGCCGCAGCAGCUGCUGCUGCUUAUCAAAUGUCCGAGAUGGGGAGGUUCGGGAGUGGAAGUGGAGUGUCUCUUACCCUGGGGUUGCAACAUUGUGAGGAUGGUAGUCUACCGAUGUCUGGUACUAGCCAUCAAAGUUUUGUUUCCAUGAGGGGGGAUGAUAUCUAUGGUGCCACAGCAGUAUCUUCUGUAGGGACUGAGACUACGGAUUUUGAAUGCCUGAAUCCAGGAAACAGGCAACACAGGUUCAAUUCCUCCCAUUUGUUACAUGAUUUCGUUGCAUGAAAUACUUACACGGGUCAUGUUUGAAUUAUUUUGGGACAGUAACAGCUGAUUUUAGUUGUUGCUCUAGGAAGAUUCAUCUCACUUUCAAGCGGUGAAAGGAAGGGUUGUGCAUAAAACACAAUUGUAGUAUAUGAAAAGGAAAUGGUUGGAAGGUUACCAUAUUGUAAAGAUACAUAUUUUGGUCUAAAUAUUUGGAGGGAAAGUGUACAAUUGGUGACAACUUUGGUAUUGAAAGAAAAGAAAAAAAAAAUCCUGGUUUGAAAUAAAGAUGGUAGGAACUGUCUGAUUCCUUUUUUUUUUUUUAAAAAAAAAUUUUACUUGUGAUUGAUACUUGUGCCAUGUUUGUAACUUGUUGCCAUUUUUAUUUUUUUUUUAAAAAAGCAUACAGAGGAAUAA